AUGCCUAUCUUCUAUCGCAUCCCUCAGGCGUUCUGCCGCAGCUCCCUCGUUCGUGCCGCCUUUACGAACUGUCUGCGCGGUACCUUCGAGCCCAAAGUAACGACGCGCUGCGCAUCUCUGCGAGCGAUGUCGUCCAUGUGCGCUCCAGUGUCCGAGUCGCCGUCUCACCGCGACAUGAUCGAGCGCGCGAAGGCGGCCUACGGCGGCAACAGCGAGGUCGACAGCGCCAUGUCUGAGAUGCUGUCCACACGCCGUCUGGUGCUGUUCAUGGAGGGAUCGUUGGACCACCCGAAGUCGCUUUGCGCGGGAAACUUAAGCAGGAUCUUCACAGGACUGCAGGUCACCGGCCUCCACACCGUGGACCUGCUGCGUGAGCCCGAAAUUCUGGGAUUCCUAUGCACCCAUAUUGGCGAGGACGUGCGCAACGUGCUAUUCAAGGACGGCGCGCCAGCGCUGGACUACGACCAGAUCUUGGAGCUGUUCCAGAAGGGAACGCUGCUGCAGGCGCUCGAGGUGACGCCCAAGCCGUCGGAGCCCGGAGUGCACAAGCGCUUCCGCGGCCUACUACCCAUUGCUAACUACUGA